ACCGAAGAGAAAUUUUUUUACGCGUUUAUUAAGAUUUCGAUUAAUCGUCAUAAAAUUCCUUUGCUCUCAUCGAUUACAAGAUGCAAAAUUAUAUUUUACAUUUAAAGAAAAGAAUACACUUCUAUCGUAAUAAUGAAAUGUCGACAGCCAUUUUUAAGUUUCGACUAAAUUGGACAAUAACUGCGAUGUUUUUAGAAAUGUCAUUUACAUGAUUGUUUAUCCGCCAUUUUGUUUUACUGCCGUACGCGCAGUUUUUAGUGGCAUUGUGGCUUGCUUUAAUAUGAAUUUAUGUCAUUGAACUUGAUCGAAUUGGGUUUUGCGCCCUUAUAUUUACAAAUCUUGCAAAAGAACGUGCUCUCUGAAUAAUGUGAAAAUCAUAUUAUUGGGGCGAUACCAUAAUGACAAUCCGUGAGAAGGUGCCCCGUCUUUUGACCCAGCUUUCCUGACUUUUGAGGCCAAAUGGCGAUUACCAAAUAAAACGGAUGAUUUUCGCCCCAUUUGUCAAAAUGUCAGGGCAGAGUGGUGGACAUAAAUUACGUUUGUCCAAACUUAACGAACAACUAACAUGUAAAUUAUGCGGUGGUUACUUCAUUGAUGCCACCACCAUUAUUGAAUGCUUGCACUCGUUUUGUAGAAGUUGCAUAGUAAAAUAUUUGGAGAAUAACAAAUAUUGUCCAAUUUGCGAAGUGCAGGUCCAUAAAAGUAAACCUUUGUUGAAUAUUAGACCAGAUUACACAUUGCAGGAUAUUGUUUAUAAACUUGUACCCGGUUGCUAUCAAAACGAAAUGCGAUGUAGAAGAGAAUUUUAUUCGAAGCAUGCAGAAGAACGAAGUCAAGUACUGUCUCCUGAAGCACGUGGAGAACCUAUAGAAUCACACAUAUAUUCACCAGAUGAAUCUCUCAGUCUUUCAUUACAAUAUUUUAAUCCACAGUCAAAAGAUACUAGUGAUGCAAAUAUAACCAAGGAAGCAGUUGCAAAGUUGUUACCACGUAGAUAUCUUCGUUGUCCAGCUGCAGUAACAGUAUUUCAUUUACAGAAAUUAAUCAGGGCUAAGUACGGACUCCGUGAUGCACAUAGAGUCGAUAUAAUGUAUAAAGAGGAACCAUUGAAUGGAAGUUAUACAUUAAUGGAUGUCAUGUAUAUUUAUCAUUGGAGGCGGAAAGUGCCAUUACAUCUAAGUUACAGAAUAUUUGAAUCUUCUCCAAAACGAAUAAAAUUAUCAGAGGAUAACAUUAACUAUAAAAAGUCGCUUAUUAACACUGGAAUAGAUUAUAUAGAAGCAGAAAAUCAACAAUUGAAUCGUGAAUGGAAAGAAGUUCAAUUAAAAAUAUCUGAAGCAGGUGUGAUGAGUAUUACUGAUAUAUCGAAUUCAGGAUUAAAGAGAAGUACAAGAAUAGAAGAAGUGAGAGAUCAAGUAGGCCUGGAAGGGAUUAUAUCGACUGUUGAAACUACACAUAAAACUGAAACAUUGUUGACAAAUUUAACUUGUAAUAAAACUAUCGAAGAUACAACGCAGGCUAUGCUAGAAAGUGACAUGCAUGUUAUAAAAAGUUCUAAUAUUUUUUUGAAUUUGAAAAACUCUCCAUCUACUGCAGCAAGUGACCUUAUUUCUGAAACAGAUUCGACAAGUUCUUUAAAUGCUGCUUGUGCUCCCACUCAUAAUUCGCAAAGGGUAAACCCCGAGAUGAAGACCCUUAAACAUACACAAGACAUUAGUACAACUGUAAAAACUGUACAAGAAACGGAUGAUGCUACAUUGAAUAAUAACAUACAUACUUCACCUUCGCAUGCAGAAAAAAGUCCAGUGCAUGUUCAUAAAACAUCAAAUCCAGUAGAGGAAAGCAAAAACGAAACAGACCAUAUUAAUACUGUAGAUGUAGAAAGUAAAGAAUUGCCAGUAAUUAAUAUCAAUAAUAAUAUUAGUACAGGCACAAGUGAGAAGUUUCAUAUGAAAAGUGAUGUAAAAACAGUAAACACAGGAUCAAAGAUUGAUGCACUAAGUGCGAAAUUACAGUUUCAACCAAAAGUAAGUCAUAUUAAUAAUACAUAUUCAAAGAAAGAGAAAAAAGAAAAGAAGGUGUAUUCGCAUAGUGACAAAAAAUUAGAUACAAAACAAUCAGAACAAAUACCAUCUAUGGAUAUGAAGAAUUUGCUGGAUAAUCAUAAUACAAAAACACGAACAAAUACUACAAUAUCUGUAUCGAAAGUGACAACUUCGCAAAAUACAAUAGUGCAACAAAAUCAAACUGGGUCCUCAACGGCACAACAUACAAAUUCAUUAAUUUCCUCUUCUGCAAUUGCAGUUUCUAAUGUGCAAGAAACAUCUGAGAAAAAUACGUCGACACAGUGUAGUCAAAAUGCAGCAGUCACUGUACAACAAGCUUUAAGUUUACUCGACCAAAGGAUAAAUACUUCAGAACGGUCUUCCAUAGAGUCUACUGUAGAAGUAAGUCAACUAACAAACGCGAAUGCGAAUGUGAAAGUACAACAAGUACAGAAUAACAACAACACGUUAUUAAAUGAAAGCCCUACAUGUCUUAAUCAUAAUAUAACAACACCCGCAACGAGUCAAACAACUUUAACGUUUCCAUAUACAGUCCAGGAUAUAGUGAAUACUACGAUUUUAAAAAGUCCACAAAAGAGCUCUAAUGCUUGUUCCACUCAAAAACUAACGUCUUUACCUGUAAGUAGCGAAAGUAUGAAUAUUUCUUGCACACCAUCAGAUAAUCAACUAUGUUCCAUACCGCAUAUAAGUAUGCAAGCUCCAUCUAUGAGUAUUUAUUCUAUAUCCACUACAUUAAAAAAUAGCUAUUCUAAUGUCACUCAAAGUACAACAACAACAACAAUGGCAAGACAAGAAUUAUCCAAACCUAAUUUUGAAAUAAGUGGGGUUUAUUCAGUGCCACCUUGUCCGGAUGCUAUACCAAUAUCGCUAAUGAAACCAUUUGUACGUAAGCAUGAAGUAAUAGCAAAGGGCACAAACUUAAACGAAAUUUGCGCUAAGAUUGGUACAUCAGGUUCUAAGAUAAAUGAUAUUUGUGCAAAAAUUGGAGAGAAUUCCAAAGAAAAAAAUAAGGCUGAAGGGCGUAAUAAAUCAGAUAUUCCAGAUUUACUUAAAAUAGCAAAGAAAGGAACGGCAAUUGUUCCAGAAUCAACGGUUAAACACAUACCAAAUAUUCCUAAUGUACCAAUAUUUAGCCCUAAUACUAAUAUACCCACAGAAAGUAAGAAUACUCAUACCACUGUUAAAGACAAUACUAAUACGGCUCCAAUAACAUCGACAUCUACAUCAGUGCCAAUAUCCCAUGGAUCACAAAAGAUUUCUUCUCUUAAGAAACAAAAUCAAUCGGCUGGAUAUAAAACGUUACGUGAUCCACCAAAAUCUUGGAAUCCUACAUUAUCAAAAAAUAAUUAUGUUGCAGUUAAAAAUCAGACAAAAGAAAUGCAAAGUACACAAAGUGCUGUUUCCGAAGGAACAAGUAAACACAUUCCAUCCAAGCCUGCAAAAAUUUUUAAAAUGAAAAAUAUGCCGCGAUAUUUAGGUAAUCCAGCAUCAGGUGUGAAACCGAUGUAUGGUAUUACAAACGAGACAAAAGAGAAAGAACAGACAAGCUCAAAAGGCACUAGUUUAAAUAUGAUGAAAAUUGAUCCCAAAACAUUAUCACCAAUUGUUUCAACUUCCAAUUCUCCCAUUGUCUCUCCACCACCUUAUUCACCUAAUGCACGUAGUUAUCAGAAUACUCCAUUUUCAAGAGAGAUGUGUAGGAAUACAAAUUCACCUAUAUCACCAAGAAAUUCACCAGUUAAUAUGCUUUCAACUAAUCCAUUUAUACCAUCCCCUACACCAAAUACAAAUCCAAGGUUAAUAUAUUCACAUUUUCCUCCACCUUUUCCUGAUGCAAGUGGAUUUCCAAAUCCAUUGAUAAGAUCACCUAUUGGCAUUCCUCCUCCUAGUGCUUUUCAUAGUAGUUUACCACCUACUAUAAAUAAGCUUUAUCAGCGUACAAGUUAUAUACCACAAACAACUGGUUAUUCACCUGUGUCACAACCUCCAACAGUGCAAAGAAUUCCUCCGAGCACGCACUCGUCAUCACCAAAGUCACCAAAAACCUCUUCCCCCAGUAUCAUAUCGACUUCCUUUAAUCCAAGCAAAACUGAAAAUACGCAAACGUCUGUGACCACAUCAGCAGACAAUGUUACAGUGCAUUUUCCUAAGGGUGUAACGCAACAAGACCACAAUGCCUUUAAUUUAUCUAAAAGUGGAACUUCAAGAAACAGUUCUUCUAAUUCCACAAAAACGUGUGGAGUGGAUGGAUUAGAUUCACAGAAUUCUAAACAAAAUUCUACAGUGACAUCUAGUUGCACUUCAUUAACAACACAAAGUAAACAGAAUAUUAUGAAUAGUGUUAUAAAAGUUAAAUCUCAACAGAUAUCAGAAAUAAGAAACAUAAGUGAUUCUAUUGAACAAAAGCAUCAAGAUAGUAAUAAUCAGAUGGAUGUGACUCUAAACCAGAAAGAAAGUAUUCACUAUCCAAACGUGGACUGUAGAAAUAAUACCGAUGCAACUGAUAUACAUAAACAAAUGGAAAAACAAGAAACAAUUGUAAAAGUUAAUGGUGAUAUUACAGUUGAUCAUUUUGAUAAUGCAAAUAAAAUUAAUGAACACAUGAUAGACAGUAAGAAGAUAAAGGAAUCUACUAAUCAGACUGAAGCAAAUGUACCUAAAGAAGAAAAUGAAACGACUAAGUGCGUUUCACAAGGUAAUGUAUCUACUGAGAAAACUAAAAAAAUAGAAAAUAAUGAAUCAAAGACCGAUGAUGUUGGAAAAGUAAAUGAACAAGUUCAAACAAACAAUUCAGAUGUGCAAAAAAAUAAAGUUGAGUCAUAAGGAUAAUGCAGGGAUUCUGAUAUUAUCAAAUAAAAUUUGUUAAUUAAUGUCUAUGAACAACCAGAUAGAAUAUAAUAAUGGAAAGAUUAUUUCUUAGAAAAAAUAAGUUGCAAACUAUUUAUAGCAAAUUUCAUGCAAUGAGCAUUGUGUGUAAAUUAGGCAGAUUUGAUAAUGAAUUCUAUUGAAAGUUUAAAUAGAACUGAUGCAACUUUAUUUAAAUAGAUGAUAUAGUAAAAUUAUGUUGCUUCUUAUUCUAACAUGUUCCAUUUUUCUAAUUUUGUAACCAUUAUGAAAAAUAAUUUAUUCAACAAUUAUAAUGAACAUAUUGCAUGAGUCAUUAGUGAUUCACGAGGCCUGAACGCGUUAAAAACAGAUGAUCAUUUACUGUAGCUUUACUUUUAUUGAUAGCAAAUACUGUUUAUUAUAAAAAAUCUACCAAGUUGUUCAUAGAAAUGAUUCAAUUUAACAUCACCACUCAUAAGCCAUACUUCAUUUUACUGUCAAUGCUAAUGUAGUACAGUAGCAUACACUUAUUUGUAUUAUCGAAAGUGUAUAUUAUUUUAUAACAUAUAUUUGAUUUUUGUUAUACUAUUAGCCCUGUACAAAAAACGAUCAAAAUAUUGUUUCAGUGUAAUUCUAUUAAUUUUAUUAUUUUUGAUUGUAAGAGAUUUCGUAAGAUAAACUUCACAAUAUAUACAUAAUCAUUUUACUAUGAUUAUGAAACUUUGAUACAUUUGCAAAAUAUAUAAUGUAGAUUAUAUUUUCAAUCUUUGCACAAUUUAGAUUUUUAUAGUUACUAUUCAAAUUGGAAUAAAUUUUCAUUCAUAGUAAAGAUUCUAAGAUUGUUUAGUCAUGGAAUGUUAAAUUUACUGUUUACAAUGCAUUCUUAAAAUAAAAGUUGAAGCUUGUAAAAGAAUUUUGAUUAAUAUGUAACAAUGUAUGGCUUAUAUUUUGUUUUGAAUAUUAGCAUAUAACUAUAUUACUUUAGAAAAGAUAAUGUAUAAAGAUACACAUAUAAAAUUAAAUUAUUUUACAUAAGUUGGCAUUAUUAGAUAAAAAGAAAUGAAUAACUUGCUGAUAAAAUUAUGCGAAAGCAGAUGCACUUUUUGAUGUUGGUGAAUUUUUCAAAGUUGCAAAUAUUUCAUAUUUAAUGGAUUGUAUUAAAAUAAUGUAAAUUGUAAGUUUGUAUGUACAUGCUUAGUGCUUUUAUUUUCAUUAUUUCGUUCGUAGUUAUAAACACUUACAUUAAGAACACUUUAGUAUAUUACCUGCACAGCACAUCAAAUUACAAUAAACAACAUAUUGUUUUAUUUUGUAAUAUUCUAAAAAUAUUAUUAAUACUAUUUUAAUUUUUAUAUGUACAAAAAUAUAAAUUUUAAGAAUAUUAAACCAAAUAUAUAUUUGGCAUUUUAUGUUGUAGAUAUAAUUCUUAUACUUGUCAUGUCUAUUUAUUCAGACAUGUACACAUAUAUAAAAAGAAAUUAGUAUCUUUAUUUUCUGUAAAAAUAUAGUUUAACUUAAAGUAAUAAUUAAAUCAGUUAUUAUAUAACAUGUUUAUUAAAAAUUCUGUGCUGUAUAGGUAAGACAUUUUUUUCAAUUGCUUGAAUGAUCAUUAUUUUUGAAUAUAUAUCUAUCUAUAAAACAAUAAGCACCUGCUAUCGCCAUUUGCACAGUAAUAUAACCUUUGUAAGACGUAAAGGCCUAUGUGGCAUCUGUAUAUAUUUGUACAUAGAGAUGAAGGGGACGUGUUAAUAAUAAAAAUAAUAUUAUAUAUAUAUAUAUAAAUAAUAAUAAUAAUAAUGAUGAGAAUAGUAUAUAUUAUUGUUGUUGUUAUUAUUAUUAUUAUUAAUAAUAUUAAUAUUAUUAUUAUUAUCAUCAUUAUUCUUAUUAUUAUUCUUUUUGUUCACAAAUUAUCGACCAUUUACCUAUUCAUAUAUAACAGAGCGUUAUUACCGAAUAAUUAUCAUGAGCAUUACUAUCAUUUUCAUUCUGAUUAUUAUUAUUGACGUCGUCUUUAUCACCAUCAUUGUCGUCGUCGUCGCCGCCACCGCCGUCGUCGUCGUCAUCGUCAUCAUCAUUAUCAUCAUCAUCAUCAUCAUCAUCAUCAUCAUCAUCAUCAUCAUCAUCAUCAUCAUCAUCAUUAUCAUCAUCGUCAUCAUCAUCAUCAACAUCAAUAUCAACAUUAUUAUCAUCAUCAUAACCAUCAUCAUCAUCAUUAAUCACAAAACAGUUAUACAAGUGCAUACACAUAAGUGUAUGCAUAAUAAAGUAGAUUUUAUAGAAACAACUAAACUUGAAUAUAUUGUUUAAUACAUGUUACCGUUCUUCAGCCUUGCCUGUUUCUGUAUACACUAUCUCAUUUUAUUGCAGACAUACAGUAAAAAUGGAAGUAAAAAUUUAUUGAUUUUGUUUUUCGUAAAUUUAUUCAUAAUUUUUUAUAAUUUUUCACUAAGGAAGGCAAUUUACAUAAUAUUUAUGUCAUAUACAAAAAUUAUAAAUAAUGUAGUUGAAGAGAUAUUUUAUUAAAGAUCUAUGUUAUAAUGUAUUUUGUUUAUAUUUCAGUACACAUUGUUCAUGUUGAUUUGUUGGUGAAUCUACAUUAUAUACCAUAUAUUUGUAACAUUUAGUGUGCAUUAUUUUACACAUUGUAGGUAUUAGUGACUUUAUUAAAUGCAAAUGAUGAUUAUGACUACCAGUAAAAUUCAGGAAGAGUCAAAGAUAAUGAAUAAUUGUGAAAAAUAGAUGAUAAUGGUAUGCGCACAGAAAAUUAGACACGAUGAGCUCACAUAUACGCGACUAUUAAAUAAUAAAUAUAGAAAUGUUAGAUAUACUUGAUUAAACUAAUAUAAUGUUAUCUAAAGAAUGCAUUUUUAUAUCAUAGGUUGACAAAUUUAUGUAAUUAACAGCAUCGAAUAUUUUUAAAUCAAUUUUUCUAAACAUGCUACCUUCAUAAGAAUAAAAUAUUAACGAACACUUAAUUGAUUAAAUAACAUAAUUUUAUCAAAAAUUUAUGUACUUCCUGAAAGUAUAAAUUGAUAUCAAUAGUAAUUAAUUCUAUUUGAAAUCUAAUGAUUAAUUAUAUCAUGCAAUAUGAUUAUUAUUUUAUUUUUCUAAUUCUAUCCUUCAAAAAGAUAUUUAUAUGUUGAGAAAUGUUUUAAAAAUAUUCGAAGACUGGCAGAUGUAGUGAAAUGUCAGAGGCCUUAUCAUAUCUCAUAUUGAGUAACGGAUAUGGAACAAUAAAAAUGAUUUGAGAGAAAUGUGACAGUUAUAACAAGAAAACAAAAACUAGAUUGCAAUGCUAUACUGUGAUCUUUAUAACAUUUUAACACAAAGGGAACUCCAUAUCGUUAUAGAAGGAAGCUUUUCCAUGCUUUCAUAAAAUUUAUUACAUAUAAAUUAUACUCUUUUACUACCCUCCUCCUUUUUGCAAAAAUGGUUGAAGAGAUCACAUUUAUGAUAGAAUACCAAAUUAAAUUGGAGGAAUGUUAAAAAGAGAUGAAAGUGCAUGGUGACAAAGUUUACAAAUGAAAUUUAAUAAUGGAAGAUCACUUUUUUUUAGAUCAGGGUUAUACCCUGCUUUAUUUGUACAUAUUGUAUUAUGAUUAAAAAGUUAUAUAUUAUA